UGUAGCUGGAUGUCCGGCCCUGAUUAUGAACCUUCAGGACAUGAGCCAGUUGACAGUUGGUACGAAGAGCAAAGAGACUAUCAAUACGGAAUUGAACCACUUAAUUUACGUUCAUCCUAUUUUACACAAAUAGUUUGGAAAAACACUAAAGAAAUGGGUGUUGCAUAUUCGCGAGAUAAAAACGGCUGUGUAUACGUUAUAGCAAAAUAUUAUCCACCUGGUAAUGUUUUUGGUCAUUUUAAUGAUAACGUUCUACCCCCUGGUGGCGAUCCUAUCAGCAAACUAUCAGAUAAUAAUGUAGCCCAUGCUACAUUUAAAUCAUCAGAAAAAUCUACCACGCCGUCUCAAGGAGAUGGUGAAGAUUAUGGACGUUUUGAAACUGAAUGUUUAAAAGCUCACAACGAAUAUAGAAAACUGCAUGGAGCUGAACCAUUAAAAUUAACGCCUAAACUUUGCAAAUACAGUAAAGAGUGGGCACACGAAUUGGCUGUUAAGGGUGUAAUAAAACAUCGACAAAAUCCGGAGUAUGGGGAAAAUGUCUAUUGUACUCGCACCCCAAAAAAUGGUAACAUGAAUGGUAAAGAACCAGUUGACCAAUGGUAUAGUGAAGUUAAAACUUACACAUUUGGGCGUGAACCGAGAUGUAUACACAGUUGUGGGCAUUUUACACAAGUGGUAUGGAAAGGUAGUCGGGAAUUAGGUGUAGCUGUAGCAAAAAGUCAUAAUCAAUAUAUAUUCGUAGUAGCAAAUUAUCUUCCACCAGGAAAUAUUGUUGGUGAAUUUACAGAGAAUGUUUUAUCUCCUGUUUUUGGAAAAAUACUUGAAUCACAACAGCCUUCUAUGAAAAGUAUCAGUCUUUCUCACUUUUCCAUAAAGAGUGCUUAUAGUAAACCGAUAAAAGAUUAUAACAGUAAAGAGUUUUCAGAAGAAGGAGUACGUAUUCAUAAUCAAUAUCGAAAAAAACAUCACGUUCCUGCAUUGAAGUACAGUGAAAAACUAACAACAUUAGCACAAGAUUGGGCAAAUAAAUUAGCAACAGAUGAUCGCUUUUAUCAUCGCCCCGACAUAGAAUACGGUGAAAGUUUGUUCUAUUCAUGGGUUCCAAAUGAAAAUGCAAUUGUUACGCCAAGCGAUGUAUGUAAAUUUUGGUACUCAGAAGUAAAAGAUUAUAUAUUUACAUCUGAGCCAAAAAAUAUGCGAACUGGACAUUUUACACAAAUGGUAUGGAAAAAUACACAAGAAAUGGGUAUGGCAAUGGCCAGAGGGCUUAAUGGAAAAAUUUAUGUAGUUGCUAACUAUUAUCCACGUGGUAACGUUGUUGGAGAAUUUAUGGCUAAUGUUUCCAGAUAA